UAUGAACCUGCCUGUUGUAGCACUUCUUACUGAAAUCAAUGAUUUAAGUAAAAUAGAUAUCAAUACAAACUACCUAUAUCCUGGAAAUAUCUUUGCAUCAUUAGCAGAUAUUAACUCAGAACAACUGAACAGUUUAAUAGAUCCUAUUGAACCUGAGUUAGAAAUUAGAGAAGAAAGUCUUGGGCUUGAAGAAUUACAAGGAAAGCUGGCUUCUCCUAGACCUUCCAGUUGUACUGAUAGUGAAGCUCCUGUGGAGUUUGAAAAAGUUUUUGAAGUGACUAAGGUUGCCAAUAGGACAAAGAGACUUAACUUAUUUAAGCCAUGUUUUGAUGCAAAUGAAGUAAAGGAUAAUAAUACAUCCGCGUCUUUGAAGUCAUCAGGCUACAGGAAGGAUGUGGCUUAUAAGACGGCUAUCAGGAUAUUAAAAAGAUUUUUCAAGAAUACUUACAAGAGUCAAAACAGGGAUAUCAAUGAAAGGGAUCAUAAAAUGCUUUCUAUUGAAGAUAUUUGUACAAGAAUGCAGAGUCUCCUAGCCUCUUUUAUUCCCCAAGAGCUCCUCACCCAAGAUUUAGUUUAUUAUACAAUUGGAAUCACUGGCAUUAAAAGCAUACCUAAUAUCCCAUCAAUGCUAGCAAUUCAGAAAGAAGUCACUGAUUUUAAAAGCUGAGCUCAAGCCUUCUCAAUGAAAAAAUUUGAGAAAACACUCAGCUCUGAGAGCUUUAUUACUUUGUGCUGUUACAUUUCUCAGAAGUCAAACGAUCCAAGGACCAGUGUUCUCAGAGAUGGAAUUCUGAGAACUAUAAGUUAGAUGAAUUUAGGC